CGGGAAUGAGGAUUCAGCUCCGUGGCAUCACAGGAUGCAGGUGCAGCUGCAGAUAAGACGAAGGAAGAUGCCACUAAACCAACAACGGUCGCCACGUUAUUCGUAGACCAUGCUCUUCAGAUGCGCACCUCCUCCAACUUGCAACUGAGAAGCUGGCCUCUUACAGCAACCACAAACCCACAGACAUUAGUUGGUAUGCCAGUUUCCAGGCAAGACGUCGAGUUUCGUACUCUCGACGGCCUCACGCUUCGGGCGUGGCUGUUUGCCGCCAAGGAGAAGGGGCCGGGCAUCAUCAUGAUUCCUGGGGUGAGGAGCCAUGACGGAGAAGACGUUCCCCAUUUGCUAACGCAUCUCAGAUGAACUUCCCCAAGAGCGAACUCUACAACGACGUUGCAGAGUGGUUCCAGCGGGAGGGGUUCACCGCAAUGGUCUACGAUCCGCGGGGCGUCGGUGCCAGCGACGGCUCACCGCCGAACGAAAUCAACCCGGCCAAGCAGACCGAGGACAUACACGACGCCGUCACCUUCCUCAAAUCACUGCCGGCUGUCGACCCUAAGCGCAUCGCGGUCUGGGGCUACUCGCUCGGGGCCGCUGAAUGCCUCGCCGCUGCCGCCGUCGACCAGCGCAUCAAGCUAGUGGUGGCCAUUUGCCCGUCCGGCAACCCGUGGGGGGGCCACGAGCGAAACGACGAGCGCAACCGCGUCCUCGCGCGCGUCAUGCGCGACCGGGAAUCGCGGCUCCGGGGCAACUCACCGUUUGAGUUGCCGUUCAUGGGCGAAUCGGAGGCAUCCAUCUUCAACAUCCGAGUGCUCCGAGGCCGCAUGUCCGAGCAGCCGUACGAGGCCGUCCGCACCGGGCUAGCUUCUGUCGACGGGUACCGCAAUGUCAUCACCGUCCAGACACUGCUGCAUAUGGCGUCCUGGAACAUCAUGGAACUGAUGCCGAUGAUCUCGCCCACUCCGGUGUUUCUCAUCUUGGCCGACGAGGAUGAGAUACGGCGCGUCAGGGAGGGGGGCAGGGAAAUUUAUGAGGCUCUUGGAGAGCCAAAGCAACUGCACGUGGAGCCGGACCGGGGUCACCUUGACAUCCUAACCAACGAUGAGCGGUUCCCGGCUAUCAUGAAGCGGCAGGUCGACUACCUGAUGAAGUACUUUGGGGAGUGAGGGCAGUGAAGAGUAGCCAAUAUCGAUGUGCUGUCAUGUAGGCCUGUGGCAGCUGUGUAGAAGCUCCUUGAACAUCGUUUCGAGUCAUUGAUACCGCGUGCCACGCAGGCCCUGCCUCGAUUGCAGCACUAUUGUGUGGUUGUUCGAAGGCUAGGAUAUCGCUGGCCACGCAGGCGCCGCAACUGUUGUAUGUUCGUUUUGAAGGCUUGGAUCCUGUGCAGGCGUUGGCCCGACUGCAGCACUGUUGCGUGUUCAUGUCG